AUUCAGUGAACCGUACAAUUUUUGCGUUACCUAUCACUUUUAAGUACACUUUUCCUUUUUCGGCAACUACUUAUUUUAUACUCUCCUCUAACUUUAGACAGGCAGUGGCGGCUGGUGAUGAGGUGGCACAACAGGGAAAUAAACAUAAACUAAUCAUAAUUGUAAAUUUCAUUUGACAAUCAUUGUUUCGCCAAACUUUGGUUUCUUGAACUUGAACUUCAAUUUAACUCUGCUCUUUAAAGUGUUUAGCCUGUACGAUACGAUGAUGGCCGCUGACCGCCAUACUGUUUUCGUGGCACGUGGCGAUAUCACAUUUCAGUUGCUACUAUAAAGUCUCGUUAUACUCAGAUACAUACACACUAAUUGAUUAUCAAAUUACGUCAAACAUGCAGUCCAUCGCUAUAUACUUGGUUUUAAAUAAUGUUAAGGCUUUUACGUAUUUUAAUUAUUGCUUGCAUAAAUAUAAACGAGAGGGCACGACGUGCAUACUCAAAUAGGGUGUCGUCAUGCGGCUUAGCAAGGGUGAAAGAAACAAUAGAGCUUGGUAAACGUGAUACUUUUCGUCUGUUUCAUGUUAAUACAAAGGAAUUUAAACGAGAUAUUUCUGUUAAUGGAUAAGUUCAUGGACCACAGUUCUAUAAGUGUAACGAAAGUGUAAAAAUUACACUUUCGAUAUUGUAGAAAGUUGAUCCCGAUGAUAAAGGGGGGCGAUGAUUUCGAGAUCAAUAAGAUGUUUUACGCGCAGAAGCAUGUCAUAUGGGUUUAUUCAAAAGAAAAUAGGGACUUCUGCUGCCGAACACUGAUAAAUAGCAUUUAAGGAAGAUAAUGUAAUGGAAACGCAACAGCUUAGUAGUAGUAUAUACGCGCGACUUGUUUUCAAAUUUAACUUUUCUAAUGUAGUCUGAAUAAAUACGAAAUUUUAAAGAAUAUUAUGCAUAUUGAAUUGGCAUACAUACCUUAACAAAACGGGAAUAUAAUCUGGAAAUAUCAGUCAGAAGAAAAAGGUACGAUUGAAGUUUUUGAAUUUUACUGAUGGCAUGGUGCAUUUAAUCAAUUACUUGGCAUUAUUGGAAUGAUGCAUAAUGCACAUUUUUUUCCGGUAUAAAUAGUGUAGAGUAGUGCAGAAGUAGUUUGAAAAAAAUCUCAUUCUGAAGGCCCAAUGUCCAAAUGCCGCAGAACUUGUUAGAAGACAGUACCGAUGCAAUUCGGUUAGAACCGCUGGGAAGACUUAAAAGAAAUCAAAACGGAAGUGCCCGUCAACACGGCGGUACUGAUGAAAUUGUACAAAUCACUUCAUAUUCGAUUCGUUCAUCUAACGUCUACAAUGCGUGUGAAACAGAUGGUGUUACAGGAAGAGAAAGUCCCACGGGAGUUCCGCACAAGAGAAACAUUUACGAACAGAAUGGCGUGGCCACUUGUUCCCAGAAACGUGCCCUUAUUAUCGCUACUGCGGUAUUUACUGUACUUCUUGCAGCCGCCGUAAUCAUAGCUUAUGCUGGUCCGCAAACCGAAUGUUCUUGUGUCGGUUAUAAAAAUUCAAAUUAUAUAGAUGAAGAUGAUAAUGAGACCAAGCCUUUCGUACCUAGGGCUACUAAUGGCCAAGUUUUUCCUUGGAACAAUAUUCGUCUUCCUACAUUUGUUAAGCCCAUUAGAUACAACAUAACUAUACAUCCCAACCUGACUACAUUAGAUGUUAAAGCUCAAAUUUCAGUACUAUUUUUCGUAGAGAAAGACACACAAUUUAUUGUACUACACGCAAAAAAUAUAACAAUUACUGAUAAGAUGGUGCAAGACAAAAAAGGAAACCAUAUACGAGUAACUAAGUUAUUAGAAUAUACUGGAGCCCAACAAAUAUAUUUUGAAGUAAAAGAAAAAUUUAAAAAGAAACAUAAUUAUACUUUAAAUUUAAGAUACACAACUAAGUUAAGUAGAGAUUAUAAAGGAUUUUACGUAUCUAGUUACAAAAAUAGCGAAGGAGAGACUAGGUAUCUAGCGAGCACACAUUUUCAAUCAACAUUUGCUCGAUCUGCCUUCCCUUGCUUUGACGAACCACAUCUAAAGGCGAGGUUUAAAUUGUCGAUAUUUAGAGACAGAUUUCACAUUGCUCUUUUCAAUACGCCUGCAGUAAGCACCGAAGAUGUAGGAUUCUACAUGGGACAGGGACUUCUACGAGAUGACUUCAAAGAGUCUGUAGAAAUGAGCACAUAUCUGGUCGCUUUUGUUAUAUGUGAUUACCAUAACAUUCAUUUAGCAACAAACACGGGGAUAUCGGUAGCAGUUUAUGCGCCAUCGCCUUUUAUAUCAAAAAGUAACUUCUCCCUUAUCACUGCCGUUCAUGUAAUGGAAUUCUUCCAACAUUUCCUUGAUGUACAAUAUCCUUUACCAAAACAAGAUCUCAUUGUCGUUCCUGGUUUUACGGGUAGAGCUAUGGAAAGCUGGGGUCUUAUUACUUAUAGUGAAACUGCCAUUUUAUAUGAUCCAAUAGAAACAUCAACCGCAGCACAUCAGGGUAUUGCAGUAACAAUAGCACAUAAAGUAGCACAUCAGUGGUUUGGAAAUUUAGUCACAAUGAAAUGGUGGAACGACCUCUGGUUGAGCGAAGGUAUGGCCAGCUUUUUAGAAUAUCAAGGGAUAAACAAUUUUAAGCCGGAAUGGAAAAUAUUGGAACAAUUUAUUCUUGAUAAAACUCAACCAGCUCUUGCCCUUGACGCUCUCUCCAGUAGUCAUCCUAUAUCUGUAACUGUACACGAUCCGAAAGAAAUAGAAGCUAUUUUUGACAGUAUUUCAUAUAGCAAGGGGGCUGCAAUUGUGUACAUGUUAGCAAGCAGCCUUAAUUAUGAAACGCUUCAAAAUGGUCUGAGGGAUUAUUUGACCACUUAUCAGUACAGUAAUGCUGACAUCAACGAUUUGUGGAGUACGCUGAGUCGAAAUACUAACGAAUCAUUGGAAAUUAAGACUAUAAUGGAUACCUGGACCCAACAAAUGGGGUUCCCUGUCGUUUAUAUACGCAGAGAAGAAAAUCAGUUCGUAGCAAUUCAAGAAAGAUUCCUCUUAACAACCGAACAAGCAAAUAAUUCGACCAAGACAAACCCUUUUUCUCCUUACGAAUACAAAUGGUAUCUCCCGUUAACUUAUUUUACAGACAUGGAACAUGAUAAAGUUUACAGUGUCUGGAUGAACAUGACGGACGUUAGAUUCGAAAUAAACAGUAGCGUGAGUUGGAUAAAGGCGAACGUGAACCAAACCGGGUUCUAUCGCGUCAUGUACGAAAUGGACGUCUGGUACAAAAUUAUCAACCAACUUAAAAGAAACCAUACACUUUUUAAUGCAGCAGAUCGAGCUCAGCUUAUAGACGAUGUAUUUACAUUGUGCAGGGCUGGUUUAUUGAACGCAAGCGUUGUACUGGAUUUGACUUCGUAUUUAGUAAGAGAACGGGAUUAUGUUCCUUGGGCAACAGCAAUUCGUCAUUUUAAGACAUGGAGUCAGUUACUAUCGGAAUCCCUAGCAUAUAAAGUAUUUAUUCAAUAUAUGCUAACGUUACUCUCCCCCAUAGCUAAAUACGUCGGCUGGAACAAUCGUGGAACUCAUUUAGAAAAAUUAACUCGAGCGGAAAUUCUGCUGUCCGCAGUGUAUUACGGCCUAAACGAAACAGUUACUCGUGCGAAGAAACAAUUUAAAAGCUGGAUUUUAGGAAACGAAACAAUCCUAGCGGACCUUAAGGAAAUUGUUUAUUCUGCUGGAAUUAAGUUCGGUGGACAGAGCGAAUGGCAGCAUUGCUGGGACGUAUACAAUACAACAACGAUUGCUAGUGAAAAAAAGUUGCUUCUCAAAGCACUCGGAGGCGCGUCAGAUCCAUGGCUUCUUCAAAGGUAUCUUAUGAAAACUUUGGAUCCACAGCAAAUAAAAGCACAAGAUGUAAAAGUGGUCCUUGCAGUUGUUGCUGCCAAUCCUGAAGGUAGAUUAUUGGCAUGGCGUCAUCUUAAAGCUUAUUGGCCUACGAUGCAUUCGCUUUUUGCAAAUACCACUUUUAUGAUGGGAAGUUUGAUAUCUGCGGUAACAGCUCAUUUAUCGACACAGUAUGACUAUUAUGAGGUGUCUACUUACUUCAAUGGUAUGGACGUCGGUUCUUCAAUUAGAGCUCUCGAGCAAAGUUUGGAGACUAUUAAGUUGAAUAUUAGGUGGCUAUUGACAAACGAAGAAAAUAUUUACCACUGGCUCCAAGAUCAUAUCCAAUAGUGGUCAUUACUAAUUACUCACAACUGCGACCGUACAAACUGUUCCCUGAACAACUUAAUUAACAUUGACUUUAACUAAUUAUUGAAAAGUUGGCGAGAAAUUUCAGAGACAAGGUGGUAUUCGUUAAUUUAUUAAAAUGUCUUCUUCAUACUUAAUCAAGUUUCCAAUUUCGUAAUAAGACUGUAUUUUAGUUUAUUCUAGGUAUGUUUAUCUUUUCAUACAAAUAAAUAAAUCUAAUACGUUUUAGUUCUCGCAGGAAUUUGGAAAAUAGUUUAACUGUGUGAGAAGACAUACCUACAUGCUAACUGUCUAUGUUUUGCUAUUUUGAAAAAUUAAAAGGAAGCUUUGACAUUGGAAUAUCUAUUACAUUUUAUAUUCGUAAAUCAAUUGAUUUUAAUUAUUCUCUUUUUCUUGGUUACAAAAUUAAAUCGCGCCAGAAAAGUAUAUUAUAUACAUAAAAUAAAAAAAGACCAAAAGUAUAUAUUACAAAAUUAACUGGUGCAGUUCAUCUGUCCAUCCAUUUUGGAAGCACAAACCAUUUUUUUAAACUUAAGAAUGUUUGGUAUAGUAUAUUAAAAGAAAUUCUUCUAUAUAUUUCAAUUUAGGCGGUAAAUAAGUUAGUUUAAGUAGAAAAAUGAAUUUGUGGGACAUUUUUCCGUGAAAACUUGUAUAGAUUAGAAUCGUAAAUGUGCAGGUUGUGUGAAAUAUUUUUUAACUAAUCGUAAAAUCUAUUUUGUUAUAAAAUAUCAAUGAUAUCGACAAAUAAACAAUGCAACAAUU